AUGGCUCUGUCCUGGAGGAGCUGGCUGGCCAAUGAGGGGAGCAAACACCUCUUUCUGUUUUUCUGGCUCUCCCUCAACGUAUGGCUCUUCUGGAAAACCUUCCUGCUCUAUUAUCAGGGACUGCAGUAUUAUUAUUUGCAUCAGAUGUUAGGGCUAGGAUUGUGUGUUAGCAGAGCUUCAGCAUCUGUCCUCAAUCUCAACUGCUGCCUGGUCCUUCUACCGAUGUGCCGUGUUCUCUUGGCCUUCCUGCGAGGAUCUCAGAAGGUUGCCAGCAGGAAAACCAGAAGGCUGCUGGAUAAAAGUAAAACUUUCCAUGUGACGUGUGGUGUUACAAUAUGCAUCUUUUCAGUCUUACAUGUUGCUGCUCAUCUGGUGAACGCUCUGAACUUCUCUGAGAACUACAACGAAGACUUUCUGGCACUAAACGCAGCGAACUAUCGUGGUGAGGACCCGAGGAAACUGCUUUUUGCUACUGUUCCAGGUCUGACUGGAGUCAUUAUGGUGUUAGUAUUAUUCCUAAUGUGUACAGCUUCCACAUAUGCCAUCAGGGUUUCAAACUAUGACAUCUUCUGGUAUACACACAACCUUUUCUUUGUCUUCUAUAUGCUGCUGAUGCUGCAUGUUUCUGGGGGAGUGCUCAAGUACCAGACCAACUUAGAGGAACACCCUCCUGGUUGCUUUAAUCCUAACAAAACACUCCGAGAGAAUAUGACGGUGCCAAAGGCUUUUGAAGAGAUGUUUCCUGACUAUACUACUGAGCCUUUCCCAGAGGACUUAUCAGUACCAGAACCCUUUGUACAAAAUAACUUUAUGAGAAUUUGUUCCGAGGAACCCAAGUUCCAGUCACACUUCCCAGAGACCUGGUUUUGGAUUUCUGGACCUCUGUGCUUGUACUGUGUGGAAAGGCUGUACCGCUACAUCCGCAGCAAUAAACCGGUCACGAUAACUUCAGUGAUAAGCCAUCCCUCCAAUGUCCUUGAAGUAAGGAUGAUGAAAGAUGACUUUAAAGCAAGGCCUGGUCAGUAUGUUACUCUACACUGUCCAAGAGUGUCCGCACUGGAAAGCCAUCCAUUCACCCUUACAAUGUGCCCUACAGAUACCAAAGCAACGUUUGGGGUCCACCUUAAAGUAGUAGGAGACUGGACAGAAAGAUUUCGGGAUUUACUGCUUCUACAUUCAAAUCAAGAUACAGAGAUUCUGCCCAUCUUUCAGCAGAGGCGCUAUCCCAAACUGUAUGUGGAUGGACCUUUUGGAAGUCCCUUUGAGGAAUCCCUGAACUAUGAGGUCAGCCUCUGCGUGGCUGGUGGUAUUGGAGUUACACCAUUUGCAUCAAUACUCAACACACUGCUUGACGGCUGGAAAUGCUACAAGCUCCGAAGACUCUACUUCAUUUGGGUGUGCAGGGACAUUGAAUCUUUCCGCUGGUUUGCAGAUGUGCUCUGUAUGUUGCAUAACAAGCUUUGGCAGGAGAAUCGACCAGACUUUAUAAACAUCCAGCUGUACCUCAGUCAAACAGAUGGAAUACAGAAAAUAAUUGGUGAAAAAUACCAAGCUUUAAACUCAAGGCUUUUGAUUGGACGACCCCGGUGGAAACUCCUCUUUGAUGAAAUAGCGAAGUGUAACAGGCGGAAGACCAUUGGAGUUUUCUGUUGUGGACCAAACAAAAUCUCUAAGAUACUUCAUAAACUGAGCAACAGCAGCAACUCUUAUGGGACAAGGUUUGAGUAUAAUAAAGAAUCCUUCAGCUGA